UCAAUAAUUUACCUGGCCCGCUCAUAUCGAUGGCACCUACUCCCUUUUCUCUUCCCCUCACUCGUUUGCUCGCUCUUUCCACGAAAACUGUUGCUGACAAGGGGGUAAAAGAGCUUGUUAACGGAUGACAGAAAAAGGGAGAGAGGGAGAAAAGCACUAUCCUUCUAUCAGAUAGUGGUAGUACAGUGGGACUGCAGUCAAGGUGACUUUAACUGCCUUAAGACGCCGAUACACAAAGGAUAAAAAAACGCCUGAAGAAACUUCAGAAGUUUGAAUGGGAAUACAGACUCUUCACAGAAGUUUGUUCUGUCUCUGACGUUCAUUUUUUAGGCAUUUUCUUUCUUUUAAAUUCUUAUCGUCUUUGAAAUUGGUCACUAUGUCUGGAGCCACCAGUGACCAGCUGCAUAGAUCAACUUUAUCUGUAUAUUUGAAUCUGAUGGAGCAUUUCAAUCCCGGUCUCCAGAAGCUUGUUGCUUUAGGAAACAGCUAUGUCAAAGCUUUUCAAGCCUUAGCUGUUUGCAGUGAGGCCUACUUCAGCGCUGUGGCUAAGAUGGGCGACCAGGCCCUUCACACGCUUUCAUCUCGCUCUCUUGGGGAUGUUCUGAUCCAAAUAUCAGAAACACAGAGAAGACUCACUGCAGAAAUGGAAGGAGUGUUUCGAUGGUUCCAGGUAGAGGUGUUGCAAGCAAUGGAGAAGAAUGUUAAGUUGGAUGAGGAGUACAUUGAGGGUAGUCGCAGAGUGUACGAGCUGGAGGUGAGGAACCAGGCAGAGGCUUUGGAGAAACAGCUCAGACGAGGAGCCUACAGGGACUCUCUGGAGAAUAGUGAGUACAUGCUGUACCUGAGGCAGAGCCAGCAGGAGAUCCAGAAGGAGGAGGAGAGGAGGUAUCGCUUCUUGGCUGAGAAACACUGUGGCCUCACUCAGUCACUGCUCUUCCUUAUAAACAAGACCGGUGCUUCUCUCCAGCAGAAGGCAGAUGGAUGGAAGGAGAAGGUGAAUGAGACCAGAGGGUCCAGACCUCGAACUCCCACCCAUUUGGAUCAAGAUGCACAGUUGCGAGGUUCAGUGAGCUCCCUGCUGCAAACAGUAGCCAGAGAUGAAGACAUGUCCUGGGCCAGGAGGGAGCAGCAGGCGCUGGGCAGAGUGCCCUCUAGAGCACCGUCCCCCCUCCCCAGCCGCUCUCGCUCUAGCUCAGUUGGGGAAUCUCUGGGUCUUGGUGGAGGGAAAGCCAUGAGAGCCCUGGUAUCUCAUCCCUCCUCAUCCAACCCAAAGCUUCUCCCUUUCAACAGGGGAGAGACUGUCACCGUACUCGUCCAAGAGCCACGCAAUGGCUGGCUGUAUGGGCGCACUGACAGCAGCCUGCGUCAGGGCUGGUUCCCUGCUGCUUAUGUGGCCCCUGUUGAAGAUUUCUCCAACACUUUAGCAACAAGUGGUGGUUCCGUAAGAAGCCACAGUAUGAACAAUCUGCUGGACCCUACUGACACCUACACUGACCAAUCAGAGAGCAAGAACUACGGUGAUGUCCCGCCGCCAGCCACACCCAACCGCAGAGCCUCUGUAGACUUCCGGCCGAUCUCUCCUCUCCCUGAGAAGAAGCUGGAGUCGGCCUUGGAGACAAAGCAAAGUCAAACGAACCCACCUCCACCUCCUCCCCCACCGCCUCCUCCUCUCUCAAGUCAGAACCUUCGAAGGGGCUCUGUAGAUUUUCGACCAAUCUCUCCCCUCCCUGAAAGGAAGGGUGAAUCAGCAUCUGAUGUCCAGGCAUUAUCGCCCCACGGGCCGCCUGAAAACCCGCUGUUUCCCAGAGGCACAAACCCAUUCGCCACUGUAAAGCUUCGCCCCACGACGACCAAUGACAGAUCCGCUCCACAGAUCCACUGAGCCGUCAGCGCUCUUGCAGGCUGGCUCUCCUUAUAUAUCAUUUUAUUCACUACAUCAUCUGAUCGGAGGCAGGGAGUGUGGAGGAGGAGGGGAUAGAGGAGAGGAG